UUGAUUCCCGGCUGAAGCCGGAGAGGGCGACGUGGUGGGGGAGGGGGAAGGGUUCGGCGACUGUGGCCAACAGCGGCGUCCGGAGGAAAAGCGCGACCCGCCUUGUCCAGAUGUGAAUCGAGAUUUGGCCUUUUCACCCAAAGAAAAAGGAAAGGCUCAUGGGCACACAGUGCUGGGAUCCUGGGCACACAGGGUGUUCCCUUAACAGAUGCCACCCCCAUCCAGGUCAAGGAUAUGAGCACAGGAAGCACAGACACCAGCAGCCUGGGCCGGGAUCUUACUCUGAUUUCCAGCUCAAGCAAAUAGAGUUUCUCAAGGGGCAGCUCUCAGAAGUGCCUGUGAUUGGAAAGCAGACUGCUGCACCACCACCACGUGUCCUCCUAAGACCCUGGCCAAGGUUUCCAGAACCACCUGUCUGGUACAGGCAGCUAGAGAGCUGGGGUGUCCCUAGGACGGUGCAUCUCACAAGUCAGGGACUCCAUAGAGGAUUCCAGCAUCCCACGCUGCGUGGCAGGGUUCUGCCAUGGAGAGGUGUCGAUAGGCUUUCCUCACGUUUCCAGGGACUAAAUAUCAACCAAGAUCAGGAACAAAGGAUCUUAAAGCUCCUGGAGGAGCUCAGGGAAGGGAAAGCCACAACAGCACAUGAUCUGGCUGGGAAACUUGGAGUCCCAAAGAAGGAAGUCAAUCGAGUUUUGUACUCUCUGGCCAACAAGGGUAAGCUGUACCAGGAGGCAGGAAAGCCUCCUUUGUGGAGAGUUGCAGUCUCAGUUCAGGCUGAGAACCAACAGAGUGGAGUAGUGAAACCAGACAGGUGUAGCCAGAGAGCCCCAGAUUCGGACACCAACUCGGACCCUGAAGACAGAAAGCCCACGUCUAUCUCAGAAGAUCUUCUUGACCCUUUUGAGAUGGCUGAAAUCAAGGAGAGAAUCUGUGACUACCUGUUUAAUGUGUCUGACUCUUCUGCCCUGAAUUUAGCUAAAAAUAUUGGCCUCACCAAGGCCCGAGAUGUGAAUGCCAUGCUGAUUGACCUAGAGAGGCAGGGGGAUGUCUACAGGCAAGGGACAACCCCUCCCAUAUGGUAUCUGACCGACAAGAAGCGAGAGAGGAUGCAAAUGAAGAGAAACACGAACAGCUUUCCUGAAACCACUGUGGCUGCUGUUGCAGAGACCAAAAGACAGACAGAGUUCCCCACCUGUAACUUACUGAUGUCAAAUGCCUCCAAUAACAUGGUAACCACAGAAAAAGUGGAGAAUGGGCAAGCACCUCUCAGAAAGUUAGAAGACAGGCAGGUGGCUAGACCAGAAUCUAUAAAAUUAAAGCCACCUGUUCAUAGCAAUGGCCCCUCAAAAGCAGGGUGUGUUGACUUUGAAAAGGGCCAGUGGGCCACAGAUGAUAUCCCAGAUGACUUGAAUAGCAUCCAUGCACCACCAGGUGAGUUCCGAGCUAUCAUGGAGAUGCCCUCCUUCUACAGUCAGAGCUUGCCACGGUGCUCCAUCUAUAAGAAACUGACGGAGUGCCGGCUGAAGAACCCUGUCAGUGGGCUGCUGGAGUAUGCUCAGUUCGUCAAUCAGGUCUGUGAGUUCAACUUGAUAGACCAGAGUGGACCGUCCCAUGAACCGCGAUUUAAAUUCCGGGUUGUCAUGAAUGGCCGGGAGUUUCCCCCAGCAGAAGCUGGCAGCAAGAAAGUGGCCAAGCAGGAUGCGGCUAUGAAAGCCCUGAGAAUUCUGCUUGAGGAGGCCAAAGCCAAGGACAGUGGGAAAUCAGAAGAACUGUCUCACCAUUCCGUGGAGAAAGAAUUGGAGAAGACUGCAGAGCCCCAGCCAGCUACCCCUUCAGCAGCACCGUUAUUUCCUGGGAAGAGCCCUGUCACCGCACUGCUCGAGUGUGUGCACAAACUGGGCAGCUCCUGUGAAUUCCGCCUCCUGUCCAAAGAAGGCCCUGCCCAUGACCCCAAAUUCCAGUACUGUGUUGCAGUGGGAGCCCAGACUUUCCCCACAGUGAGUGCCCCCAGCAAGAAAGUGGCAAAGCAGAUGGCUGCAGAGGAAGCCAUAAAAGCCCUGCAGCACGGGGAGGUGGCCAGCUCUGAUGACCAGCCUGGAGGCACAAAUACAGAAUCCUGUGAGAACUUGGAGUCUAUGGUGCCCGGCAAAGUCCGGCGGGUUAGUGAGCUUGUCAAGUACCUGAACACCAACCCCGUGGGAGGCCUGCUGGAGUACGCUCGCUCCCAUGGCUUUGCUGCCGAGUUCAAGUUGGUUGACCAGUCUGGACCUCCUCAUGAGCCCAAGUUUGUUUACCAAGCAAAAGUUGGGGGUCGCUGGUUCCCAGCCGUGUGCGCACACAGCAAGAAGCAGGGCAAGCAGGAGGCAGCAGAUGCCGCUCUCCGUGUGCUGAUUGGGGAGAACGAGAAGGCAGAACGCAUGGGUUUCACAGAGGUAACCCCAGUGACAGGGGCCAGUCUCAGAAGAACUUUGCUCCUCCUCUCAAGGUCCCCAGAAGCACAGCCAAAGACACUCCCACUCACUGGCAGCACUUUCCACGACCAGAUAGCCAUGCUGAGCCACCGCUGCUUCAACACCCUCACUAACAGUUUCGAGCCGUCCUUGCUUGGCCGUAAGAUCCUGGCCGCCAUCGUCAUGAAGAAAGACUCUGAGGACAUGGGUGUUGUAGUAAGCCUGGGGACCGGAAAUCGGUGUGUGAAGGGAGACUCCCUCAGCCUGAAGGGAGAAACUGUCAACGACUGCCACGCAGAGAUCAUCUCCCGGAGGGGCUUCAUCAGGUUUCUCUACAGUGAAUUAAUGAAAUACAACCCCCAGACAGCGAGGGACAGCAUAUUUGAGCUCGCUAGGGGAGGAGAAAAGCUCCAGAUAAAGAAGACCGUGUCAUUCCACCUCUACAUCAGCACUGCGCCCUGUGGAGACGGCGCCCUCUUUGACAAGUCCUGCAAUGACCGAGCCAUGGAAUACACAGACUCCUCCCACCGCCCUGUCUUUGAGAAUCCCAAACAAGGCAAGCUCCGUACCAAGGUAGAGAACGGGGAGGGCACAAUCCCUGUGGAGUCCAGCGACAUUGUGCCUACGUGGGAUGGCAUUCGGCUCGGGGAGAGACUCCGUACCAUGUCCUGUAGUGACAAAAUCCUACGCUGGAACGUGCUGGGCCUGCAAGGGGCACUGUUAACUCACUUCCUACAGCCUGUGUAUCUCAAAUCUGUCACAUUAGGUUACCUUUUCAACCAAGGGCAUCUGACCCGUGCUAUUUGCUGUCGUAUGACGAGAGAUGGGAGUGCAUUUGAGGAUGGACUACGAUACCCCUUUACUGUCAACCACCCUAAGGUUGGCCGAGUCAGUGUAUAUGAUUCCAAAAGGCAAUCUGGGAAGACGAAGGAGACAAGCGUCAACUGGUGUUUGGCCGAUGGCUACGACCUAGAGAUCCUGGAUGGCACCAGAGGCACCGUGGACGGGCCACGGAAUGAAUUGUCCCGGGUCUCUAAAAAGAACAUUUUUCUUCUAUUUAAGAAGCUCUGCUCCUUCCGUUACCGCAGGGAUCUACUGAAACUCUCCUAUGGUGAGGCCAAGAAAGCUGCCCGAGACUACGAGGUAGCCAAGAACUACUUCAAAAAAAGCCUGAAGGACAUGGGCUAUGGGAACUGGAUAAGCAAGCCCCAAGAGGAAAAGAACUUUUAUCUCUGCCCAGUAUAGCAUGAUUCAGUGACAGGUGCAUUGGGGUGAGAGAGGUAGGAUUUGCAUUCCUUGUUAUGUUGGUGAGAGGGUAUAUUUCUCCUCCUUUCCUCCCCCACCCACACCUGGUAGCAUUAAGAACUUUGGGAUCCACUUGUCCUGCUUUCUUGGGGAUUGCUAAGCAGGGUCUAGUCAGGCCCCUCUUUUCCUAUAUGGAGAGUCAGAGACUUAGGGGAGGAAAAAGGGGUUACCUUUUCCUUCUCCCAAAAGCAAAAGCAGUCACUGAGCUCCUGUAGCCCAUUUCCUCUAAAUUGUUUUAUUUUUUCCUUUUCCUUUGUGUUUACUGCACUGAUCUCUUGAUCAGGCCUGGUUAACUCUGCAUCAUGUCAGGGACUGAGGACUCAUUUGUGAACUCUGCAGACCCCUCUACUUCCCUCUCUCCCCUUCUGAGGUUACUUCCUUGUUAUGAAAGUUUCUCUAUUCCCUCCCCAAGAGGGUAAAGACGUGAACUUAACAGAAUUUGGCAAAACAUUUACUGCAGUCAGUACCAAUGGAAGUGCUAUCAGAAUCUGCAAAUAAUGCUUUUGAUCUUCCCAUCUUGCACUUUAGCCAGCCUGGGGGGGAUGGGGAAAGCCAGGGGACACCCUCUCCAGGCAACAGUGACUCUAGAACCAGCCAUCUGGCUCAGGGAGGAUUCUGCCUGCAGGGUGACACAGACCACUUCCCAGGGAGCACAGACAUUCCUUGGAAUAUUGCCAAGCUUCAACUACCCCUUAUAAAUAAUUCUUAAGAAGUUCCCCUGCCACUGUCGGGUGUAAAGCCAUAGACCCCACCAACUGGUAGGAAAAAUGGCCAGGGCAAAUCUUAGAGGGUCAGAUCAUUUCUGCUCGGAUAAUUAAGAUUUUGCAAGAAAACGGGCAAAAAAUCAUGUUGGUCAGAUCACUGUUUGACCUGGUAUAGUCCUCCUCACAGGGAAGUCGGCCAAGUCAUAUGUCAAUCAAGAGUUUUAAAGGAAUGCCGUAGGUGUUGAUUUCUAACUACUACAGAUACCCUAUAAUUGAGCAGUUCGCAUGUUCAGACAUACUUGUCUAUUUAUCCAGGCACGCUCACUUUGCUGGUCAGCUUCAGAAGUAGGUGCAUGGCAGGGUACAGACUGAGGUCUCCUUAUAGUAGCUGCAGAUGGAAGGGCAGCUGUUCUCAUGCUCUCUGGGGCAAGACCCUUGACUCCUGUGGCCAGAGCCUUUCACUUCUCUGGAGUCGAGCUCUGGGGCUGAGUCAGCCAGACAUGCUGGAGAGGACACAGGCACUGCUGCCUCAGGACCUGAGCCUGGAGGUGCAUGUGUGUCUGGGAGGUGUGAGCCAGUGCCCUGGGGGCUUCCCACCCCACCCUGUGCAGACUGCUGACCAGCUUGCCUCAGCCUCAGUAGUAGACAUACUCACAUUUGCACUUUUGUUCUGGGGCCCGCUGUACCCUCUAUACAACCAAAAAUUGACCAAAAUAAGAAGACCCAUGUUUUUAAAAUAGACUAAGGAUGUCUCUGUGGAACACCAAAGUGUUCCGAGGAACUGAUAGGAAAAUGGUAUCUUCUGGGGCAGAAGGGGCCUGCUUGCCCCUGGCCCUGAGUCUUCUGAGGGCACACACACCAGUCCUUCUGUCCACAGUGGGGGCAGAGUUAUCUUACGGUUCUAGCCAUGGGAGGAAACACAUCCUUUCACAUUUUCAGGCAGGAGGGUUAUCACGUAUGGGUUCCUGGAAGUGCUGUGCCACUCUGGUCCAUGUUGGGCAUUAUAUCUGCAAUAGAGCAUAGGCCAGCUGCCUCUUCUUUAAUCGGACAACAGGGGCUCUUAGAAGGUCAGGCUCUCAUUGCCCCAAGAUUUUGCCUGGCAAGUGUGCUGUAGGAGUGCCACAUCCCCACGUCCACAUGCCUGCUGGAAACCAGCCGUGUCAGGCCCUGCACCGCCACACCCCCACACCCCUGAGUCACAUGAGACGGAGGUACCCCACUCCCACCCCUGUUCUCUUCGUGUUUUUGUCCAAUCUUUGUUUUUAAUAAGCAGGACCCCCUUUCCCUCAAUUUUGCUUUUUAAUUAUUUUUGUAGUUUAUUUGUCUGAACUGUAGCUAUUGUGCAUUCUUCAAUAAUCACUUGUACAAAACUGUCAAUGCUUGAAGCUACUUCCUUUAUGUUGAAGGGAAUUUGUUGGUUUGGGGGGGUCUAGUGACUCCAAGAGCAGAGUGAGGGAGAGCCCAGGCACAGACUUGAGUGCCACAGUGGCUGCAGUCCAGUUUUGAUUCUGCUGUUACGUGUCCCUUCCUAACAUAACUAACAAUAUACAUUCCUCAUAAAUAAUAAAGAAAAAUGAAUCUGA